AUGCCCCGAUCCAGAGAUGGAAAGCACACCUUUUGCGUGUACGGAUCGAGCUCAGUGAACACUCCCCAACCUUACUUGGACGUGGCACGCAAGCUGGGCAAUCUGCUGGCGGAUGGCGGCCACACUUGCGUCAACGGGGCGGGACGGGCGGGUUGCAUGGGGGCCCUGAAUGACGGGGUGACGGAGAGGUGCGGGAGGGUGCGGGGGGUGAUCCACGAGAUGUGGAUCGUGGAUGCUUCGGAACACCCCCAGGUUAAGGACCUCCGAGUGGUCGGAGGGCAAGGGCUACAGGAGCGGAAACGAAUGCUGAUGGAGGGUGCCGACUGCAUUGUGGCGCUGCCCGGGGGGCUCGGGACGUGGGACGAGUUGUGGGAGAUGGUCUGCCUCAAGGGGAUCGGUCUGUGCGACGUCCCUAUUUGUGUGUUGGAUGUGGAAGACUUCUACGCAGGGUUCAAGGUUCAGACGAAGAGGGCACAAGCAGAUCGACUCCUGUACGCAGACAUGGACAAGCUCCUCCACUUCGAGAGCGACCCCGCAAAGGCCAUCGAGUGGUGUGUCUCUCAACUGGGAGCCCCGGGACGCGACCACAAGCCGAAUCGGCGCCUCGAAAGAACUACGUCGGGAGUCAACCCACCGACAACAACAUCGUGGAGUAACUCGGACAGGUUUAUGUGGGCGUGCAGCGUGAUUGCAUGUUCCGGAGCUUUGACCCUGGCCAUGACUGCGCUCAGACGCUGAGCAGAAGGUCAUGUUUCUCUAUAUUGCUGUAGAUCUUGGGUGAAUUGAUGCCUGGAAGGGUGCGCUUCCGUCUCGCGCAUAACGGGACGGGCUGGUUAGUGAUCAUGUGGU